CGAGUGAAUGUCUGUUGAGAUCCGAUCCUUCCCAUUUCUUCACCAGCCUCACCACCACAGCAAUGUCGGCCAAAAAACAGGUCACGCAGCUCUCGAAUAGUGUGCUGUCUUUAAAGUUCAUGCACCGCGCCGACGAAGCCAAAGUCCGACAAAAGCUGGAGGAAGAGCAGCGGAGAGCGCAACAGGAGGCCCAGUGGGUUGUAGGAGACUUUGAUCGUGAUGAGCUCGAGAGUGUCCAAUUCGAAUAUGAUAACAGUUAUGUAUCUUUCAUGCCAAAUACCUUUGGAAGACGAUCAUUUGGAAACUUCAACAAGGAGGUGGAGAAACUCUCAGAAGAAGCUACACAAACUGCUCGCCUAGCGUUAGCCCAUGAAAAUGAAACCCGGGACUCCGUCUCAGAUAUGGACUUAGCAAAGCACUUUAAAGGCAUUCAACAAGAUAAGAAGCGAAAACGAGACAAAGAAGAAAAGAACGAUGCAGGGUCGGAUUGGGAUGAUUUUAAAGGGCGAAAAGCCACAAGGUUCUCACAUGCUGCGACGGCGACUGAUGUUGAGAAGAGAAAAGAUAGUAAGGUGUUUAUCAAGCCAGAAUGAGAUGGGAAGGAUUGGGUUUUUUGAACCUUAGGUAAGAAUGUUGAGCCAUCUGCGGUUUUCGUGCCAGGCAUCGUUCCGGGUUGAUGCCAUCGCCCGAAAAAUGCAAGUACGGACAAAAACAGUAGUUUCGCAUGAACAGGAAAGGCAGGUUGAGUUUCUUUCCUGGCCUUAUACCUCUGCUUUUGCUUUUCAUCUACCCUACGAGGUGUAGUAUGACCGCGUUAGAGGCUCGUUAUAUAUCAUUUGUAUUAUAGUAAUUUAUGCUGGUUUAGAACCCUGAUGUGCGUGGAAUGGGCCGCUUGGAGACAAUAUUCUAGGGUUUGUGGGAAUGCUGUACAGUAUUGCCUGUUCAAUACAAAUGUGCGGGCCAAUAGUGUAGAGGUGACAGAAACUGGCACUAGCUACUACACCAG